UUAAACAUUAUCAUAAUUAAAAAUAUGAGAUGAUAUGAUAACUUCUGGAUCUCUCUAUAUAUAUAUAUAUAGUGCCCACCACAUUAAGUAAUCAGUUCAGUAGGCUUUCAGCAGCUUCUGCUCUGUGCCUCUGUCUGCAAUUCUUGCCUUUGGCCUUUAUGCGAUAAUAAUUAUAAAAUAAUUCUCAUACAUAUAUGGAUGCAAAUAUGAAGGAGAAAACGAUGAAGAAAGCUCCUGAAAAUGGAGGAGCUGAUGAGAAGGAGGAAGCAGCUAAAAAUGGCAGAAUUAAAAAGCUUGGGGGCAUUAAAACAAUGCCAUUCAUUCUUGCUAAUGAAAUAUGCGACAGAUUUGCUGGUGUUGGUUUUCAUGCCAACAUGAUUACGUACCUCACACAAGUGCUAAAUUUGCCCCUUGUGAAGGCAUCUAAUACACUUACCAACUUCGGCGGGACAUCAAGUUUCAUGCCACUCAUUGGUGCUCUCAUCGCUGAUUCUUUUGCGGGACGAUUUUGGACCAUCAUUGUUGGAUCUAUCAUUUAUGAGCUGGGAAUGAUAAGCAUAACUAUCUCAGCCAUUAUGCCACAACUCCGUCCUCCACCAUGCCCCAGUCAGAAGGACUGCACAGAAGCUUCACACAUUCAGCUUUGGGUCCUCUAUAUUUGUCUACUACUGACAUCUAUUGGUGCUGGAGGCAUUCGGCCUUGUGUUAUAACUUUUGCAGCUGAUCAGAUUGACAUGUCAAAGACAAAAGUGGAGGGCCGCAAAUGGAAUUUCUACAAUUGGUACUAUUUUUGCAUGGGAUUGGCCACACUAACAGCUCUUACUGUCAUUGUUUAUAUCCAAGAUAACGUGAGUUGGGCUUGGGGUCUCGGGCUUCCAACCAUUGCUAUGGGAUUAUCGGUUAUUGUGUUCAUUUUAGGAUCCCCUCUUUAUAGAAAAGUAAAACCCGGAGGUAGUCCACUGGUAAGAUUGGCACAGGUGAUUGUUGCAUCUGUUAGGAAGAGAAAUGUUGUCAUGCCUACUGAUUCAGGUCUCCUGUAUGAGAAUAAACAACUUGAUGCUGCAAUCUCACCCAAUGGGAGGCUUCUGCAUACCGAUCAGUUCCAGUGUAUUGACCGAGCAGCUGUGGUAACAGAUUCUGACUUGAAUGAACAUAACGAGCCAAACCCGUGGAGGCUUUCCACUGUUCAUAGGGUGGAGGAACUGAAGUGCAUCCUCAGAAUGUUACCUGUUUGGGCAGCUGGCAUAUUACUCAUCACCUCAUAUUCACAUAUUGGCAGCUUUACCAUCCAACAAGCACGCAGUAUGGAUCGCCACCUCUCCCACUCAUUCCAAAUCCCUCCAGCCAGCAUGUCUGUCUUCACUAUCUUAACUGUCCUUAUAGGACUUGCUCUAUAUGAGCGUGUUUUUGUACCUUAUAUUCGCAGGUUCACCAAAAACCCCUCAGGCAUCACAUGCCUCCAGAGAAUGGGCGUAGGCUUUGCAGUUAACAUCCUUGCCACCAUUGUUUCAGCCCUUGUUGAGAUAAAACGCAAAGCAGCAGCCAAACAGCACAAUCUUCUUGAUCAACCUACUGCCAUAAUACCCAUAAGUGUCUUUUGGUUAGUUCCUCAAUAUUGCCUGCAUGGGGUAGCAGAGGUUUUCAUGUCGGUCGGUCAUCUUGAGUUUCUGAUUGAGCAAUCCCCAGAAAGCAUGAGAAGCACUGCGGCUGCACUCAAUUCUUUGACUUUUGCACUGGGAAAUUACAUGGGUACUCUUGUGGUGUCUCUAGUGCACAACUACACUGGCACAGAAGGGAAUUGGCUUCCAGACCGAAAUCUAAACAGGGGGAGAUUGGAAAACUUCUAUUGGCUCAUAACAGGAAUACAAGUACUCAAUCUUGUGUACUAUGUCACAUGUGCUAUGUUUUAUAGGUAUAAACCUCUGGGAGAAGACGUUCGUUCUGACGAAGGAGAUGUGGAAUUCGCUAAGGAUAAAGUUGUAUCUGCUAUUAGUGAUGACAAAGAAGUAGAACUAUUAGGCAAUGGUAAAUUUUAGUCAUUUGCAGGAUUGCAGAGGUGUGGGUAACAUAUGCCAUAUUUUGAAUGUAUAUGUGAUAAGGAACUGAUAUGCCCGUGAACACAAAGUUGGAAAAAGCAUGCUCUUUGAUAUAUAGUUCAAAGAUAUAUUUGUUCCAAUUUUAUAAUUUUGUUUUCAAUUGUCCCAAAAAUAAGAUGAGAGGUAUUCAUGAUGGCUCACUUAUAAUUCAUGGCUAUUUUGUUCCUUCUCUCUUUUAUAUAUAGUAUAAAAUAUAGAAUAUCAGAAAGAAAUAUGUCAAUGUGGUUGUAU